AUGCACCUCCUAUCUUUGCAUUGGAAUCGCCAACAUCAUUCUUUCCUGAUCACUUAUCGCCCGGCGUUUAUGCGAGAUAUGGCCACCGGCGGUCCGUAUUUCUCCAAGCUCUUGUUGAAUGCAAUUUACUUUGGCGCAUCGAAAUUCAGCAAUCGCCCCGAAAUUCGCCGAGACCCCGAUGAUGUCCGCACCGCUGGAUGGACAUUCCGCCAAAGAGUCAAAGAAUUGCUCGGCAGCGCUUUGGAUCGAAGCGAAAUCACCACUAUCCAGGCAUUGCUAGUGAUGACAAGCUCCCUGUUUGCGUUAGGCGAUGAACGCAGUGCUGCGUGGCUUUAUGCGGGUACAGCAUUCAGGAUGAUCAUCGACCUUGGUAUGCACGUGGAUGCUACUAUGCUCAGCAACAUGCGACGUCUCUCGGACGAGGAUAUAGAAAUACGUCGUCGAGUCUUUUGGGGUGCUUUUGUUGUCGACAAAAUCCAGUCACUUUAUCAAGGCCGUCCGGCAAGUCUACAGGACUUUGACACAAAGGUCUCGUUGACAUUUUUGGACCACUAUGAAGAGUUAGAACACUGGCAACCGUUCGCAUAUACAGAUGUGCAGUCAUAUCCUGGAUCGCCUGCAUACAGUGUUUCAACAUUUACUGAGCUUUGUAAACUGUCGUUGAUUUUGAACGGUAUUCUGAACAAGGUUUACUCGGAGAGAAGCUCGAAUCGAUUUCCUCAGGAAUUGCUCACUACUUUGAAAGCCUUGGAUUCUGAGUUGAGUACUUGGUAUCAGAACCUGCCGGAUUAUUUACGCUUUGUAAAUUGCCCAACAGAGAUCACACCACCACCUCAUGUCCUUUCUCUUUUGGCACUCUACAAUGUACUCAUCAUUCUUCUCCACCGACCCUUUGUGGCCGAAGGUCACCUUCACAUAACAGAUCCAUCAGUCGCUAUCAGCUCCUUUACAAUAUGCACUGCAGCUGCAGCUCGCAUCAUCACUAUCUUGCAAGCCUACGGCCGGGCAUUCUCCAUCAGACGCGCCCCCUAUCUGAUUUCGUACGCGACAUAUGUUGCCGCAACGAUUCAUGUUCGAGUCGCCGCCCAACUAGGAGGUGGCAGUAGAGCGCAAUCAAAUCUCUGGACGUGUCUUGAUGUUUUCCAAAAGAAUCAAGAGACAAAUUGGGCUGUCCGCCGUGCCAAAAAUGUGAUUUUGCAUCUGAUGGAUCGAAUGGAAAUUGAUAUUGGUGGUCAACACCGUCAACAUGACGCCCGACCUGGUCCUGAUUCAAACGAGCAGAUAGGAAAUCUACAAAACCAGCCUCAUCUUGAUCCUAAAUCUCUGAAAUCAUCUGCCUCGCCUGCUCAAAUGACGCCACCGGAGACUGAAGCUUCUGAAUUGGAUAUGGAUAUGAUUAUUCAAAGCUUCAUUCGACAAAAUACAAAGCAAAAUGAUGGGCAGAUGUUCUGCGAGCAAGCCUAUGACUCUGGUAUUUCUGCAGAUCAUCUAGGUACAGUCGGUGGUCUUGCUCCGACUGUCGUGCCAGGCUAUAUCGGUUCAUAUAUUGACGCACAGAUUGAUGAUGACAUGUUGUUUGGACUUAAUGGAUCUAUACAAGAUAGUGUUCUGUAUAACUAG